GACGACUACAACAACGUCGUUUCAUCGCUCAGAUCUUACAGUCUCUUGAAUGCUGCUUUCGUUUUCGUCGCACUAUUCGUUCGCUUUGAUUCAUUUUGCGCCUCUUCUUCUGGCGCUUGUACACUCUCUUCACCCUACAUUCGUUAUCGCUCCGUUAUGGUUGCUCAUCAUCGCCUUCGUCGCCAAACGUCGGAUCCAUUACCCGCUAUCUCUGCUGCUGGUAUUGCCAGCAAUGGGGUCACUGUUGGCGACGUCAGUAGUACGGCCACGACUCUGGCAUAUGAUUCUUCUGCAACCGCCGCCGACGUCGAUUCUGGUGUGUCCGUCGUGCUGGAGACCUUUUCAUCUGCCGCGAAAGCCAAAUCUACUGCUUCUUCUUCGUCAUCAUCAUCAUCCGUACCAACUGCCGCCGACGCAUCAACUACAAAGGAAAUUCCCAUUGGCACAGUCAUAGGCGCUUGUGUCGGCGCUUUGGUGGGAGCUGUAUUCCUUAUUGUCCUGGGCAUAUGGCUUUACAAAUGCGCCACACCCAAGGUGAAGUCUAAAGGACUGACUCCCACCAUGUCUGCGAACCGCAAUGCUCGCGGAGAACACGAACGGUCACGGUCACGGCUUGAGAACUGGGACAAGCUUGUGGACCAACCUCAAUCAGAGGGUAGAUAUCACAUGAAGGAAGUUGAUGGUGGGCUCAGUGUAGCUCCGAUGGAAAAGCUUACUAUGUUCAAGAAGUCGCCGAGCGUGCGAACAGCGUAUACUCACACCACUGAGGAGCCACCGCAUUUCGACCUUGAACCCCAUCCAUUUUCCCCUUACCAUCCAAAUCUUGCCAAAGAGUUGGCAUCAACUGAUGUCCAAGAACCCGUCAAACCGUUUGCCGGUAGAGCAGAUUCCACAGCCCUCUCCUGGAACUCCACAGCCAACGAGUCCUUCCUGUCCCUUCGCUCAGUCCAUAUGUCGGGCUCCAUGUCUCCGUCGUUAGAUAUGGCCAUUCCAACUCCACCGUUGACUUCUUCGGAGCCACACCGUUGGGAAUCAGCUGAAGUGGUCAAUUUUGAUGGUCAACAGGCCGAAAUAAUUGACGCUGAUAAGAAUCCGUUCAACAGCCCCACGGAGCGAAGGAGAAGUUUCGGCAAUCCCUUCUUCAAUGCUCAAGGAUCUUCCGCCCCAUUCCGCUCCAAAACUCCUGAUGUGCCUCGCAUUCCGCGUAGCGAAAAAGGCAAGGAGCGGGCUGUGAACCCCUUCAGCGACGAUCACGCCUCAGACCCGGUACCUGCCCAUACAAGCGCAACGUCCUCCGUCGAAAAUGACCAAGCCAUUCAUUCGCUCAUUGCAGCUCUCGAAGGUCGAGAAGGCGUCAGUGACGCUCACCUUCGAGCUCCUUCUCUGCAGACCUCCCUCUACUCUUCCGCCAUUUCUGUCUACAGUGGUGAUGAAUCUGUCGUGAAUUCUUUCCCUUCCCCUCCACAGUAACGGUUUACGGUAUUCACUCCUGCUUCUCGGUCAUCUCAUCACGGCACACACACCUCACCCAUGUCCAUUGACUUGCAACAACACACCACAUCCCGGAAAUCAAACUGCCAGCUUCAUCCUCCCUCUUUGUCGUCAUAUCUUACUUUUACGAUCUGGCAUCGGUUUCUUCCGCCAUUUACUCUGAAGAGCUUGCUUCUUUAAAUUGCUUUUCAGACGUCAGGACACCGACUUCUUGCUCUCAUCGACGCGCUUAUUUAUCUAUAUUUCCUACUUCAAUGCGUACUCCUGUGGUAGUUUAUGCAUCUCGAGUCUGAUCUACCUCAUACUUCGUUGUACAUGUAUUCAACAUUCGUCAGCAAUUAGUUGGCACCUAUACCGUUAUUGACAGCUGCUGUCGCCAGGCUUC